GCCGUGCAGUAUCUGCGACAAAAAUCUCCAGCUUCACCCGCGAUGGCGCUGCGUCCCAGACACUUCACUGAGGAGGAAGUCGCGUCUUGUAACGGCAAAACAGAUAGAAAAGCCGGAAUCAAUGAUCGUGUAGAAGAGCUCUCUGUCCAUGCCUCCGAUCAUAAUCAAGACAGCAAAGUGCAAAGCGAAGAUGCCAGCGACAUCGACGACACUGAAAGAGACAACGACGAGAACUCAGACACCGACUCCGAGGAUGCCUACAACUCCAAGCACCACUCCCCCCCUUCCCCCUACCAACCACAUUCGCUACCACCCCGCCCAUCCGCAGCCGACCUCUCCACCCUCCGCACCCACCUCAACGGCCUCCACACCAUCCCACCCCGCCCCCCAUUCCGCCCCCAACCCACCCACCCCCCUCCAACAACCCCCUUCACCGUCAUCGGCCGCGGCACCGCUGGCACCGUAUUCGCGAUCCCGGGGACCGAGUUCGCGCUGAAAAAGGGGUCUGUGAGGGCUUCGAUCUGGGCAGAUAGCCAGAUGACCAACAUCGCCUGCAACGCUGUCAUGGAGUGUAAGAGUACGCUUGAAUACCAUUUCCCGGGGCUUUCGGUGCCGCGGGUGCCGCGGGUGCAUGACUGGGUGGUGGAAGGGGAUUUGGAGGAGUGGUGGGACGCGAACGGUGCUCGCUUCGUCAACACGCGUACCGCGCCCGGUAUCGACGACGCGAGGCGCGCAUACGUCUUCCGCACGCUGCGCAUCCCGUCGCUCCCCCCGCCUGCCAUCGCCGCCCUGAUACGCGCGUACUUCCACCCCGACGCCAUCCCUGCGGCGCUGCGCGCGCCAGCUAACACGCCGUGCCUCGUGCGCCCGUACCUAGGCCGUCGCCGCUCAGCGAGAGAGAUCAACGAGUUCCACACCUCGCUGGAGAAUUUCCCACUGUACCUCGACCAACUCCUCGACAUCGACACCAACCUCGCGCAGUGCGCUGCGGAAAUGGCGUUCUUGAAGAAGCAAAGUACUGUUUAUGGGGCCAGACAGCAAGAAGACUGCUCAACAGUUCGACAACCGCAUUAG